AUGGUGUAUGCGAGGUCGACACGUUUCACAGAGACGGCGUUCAAGGGGAAUCCAUCUUCCGUGUGUCUGCUCGAGGAGGAGAAGGAUGUAGCAUGGCUGCAAAGCUUGGCUCGGGAGUUCAACCAAGCUGUGACAAGCUAUUUGACUCAGCUAACCUGUGAUCAACCUGAAAUGGAAGCAGAUUUUAACCUCCGUUGGUUCACUCGCGAUGGCGAUGAGAUUCCCCUUUGCGGGCACGCGACUCUAGCAGCAUCCCAUUUUAUUUUUGGCCAUGUCUUGCCCGGCUGCAAUGUGGUAAAGCUAUCAACCUUGUCAGGACCAUUGAUUGUCCGGAGAAUCCAAGAUUUGACAUUUCCAGGAACAUUCUCCAUUGAGAUGGAUUUUCCAGUGCUGCCAUUGGUGGACUACAAUGCUCCCGAGGCGCCGCCAGUGUCCAGCCUCCUGACAGGCGCUCCAAUCCUGGAAAUCAAGAAGACAGCCCUGGAAGACUACCUCUUUGUUGUUUUUUCGUCUGGAGACGAUGUCAAAGCAGUGAAGCCACAGAUUGAUGCCAUAAGGAAGUAUCCAGCCAGGGGAAUCAUCAUCACUGGACCUGCCCCGUCGGGAUCCCACUUCGACUUCUACGUUCGAUUCUUCUGCCCAAACCUGGGGGCCGAUGAGGAUCAUGUCUGUGGAAGUGCUCACUGUGCCUUGGCACCGUACUGGUCCGACAGGCUUGGGAAACACGACCUUGUCUCUUAUCAGGCAUCAGCAAGGAGUGGGGUGAUUAAUGUGCACCUGGACGAUAAGAAUCAGAGGGUUUUGAUUCGGGGGAAAGCUGUUGCCGUCAUGGAAGGUCAUGUUCUUGUCUGAAUUUCGAAUCUUGUUCUUCUAAAUGUGUUUGGAUCGAAAAACCUGAAUGAAUUAUUAUUAUGGCUGCGGAUCCUGGACUGAUCCGGCGAAGUUAGUCUGCUGAUUUGACGGAAUUAGCAUAUAUUAUACAUACAAUAUGUGUUAUAGAUAUGUUGGUAUAGUGUAUAUAUAUGUACACGUUGAUUACCUGUAUAGCUUAGUACUGCAAUUGGUUCUAAGAAUGUGGAAAACAAUGGUGGCAAAAUUGACAUAAUUUUAGCUUUAGUGUUACCACAUGGUUUUCUUAUCUGCAGAAAGUUUCACUCCCUGUUGAGUUCAUUAGGUUACAGUUAGAUAGAGGUUGGAUUUUUGGAAAAAUUUAAGAACAGUAAAAAUU